CGACAUAUGACCGUUACAUACAAACAAAUCGAGUAUAGUAUAGUACAGUGAAUUAAUUUAGUUUUUCUCCUUUCCAAAACACUUUAGUUGUUUCAUCUAAAUCUAUUUCAUUUCACCCACCCGAAACCUAAAUCUAAACUCAAUUCCAUUGAGGUUGAACUCGAUGAACAAAUUGCAACAACAGCAAGAAGCCCUAAGAUGACAGUUUCAACUCAAUCUAACUCAAAGAGCAAUGCAAAUCCAUCACAUCAAGGCUUAAAGGAGAAACUGAAAGCCCUAACGCUCUUGUACGAGCAGCAGAAAUUAAACAACGGUUCUUUCAAGCCUCCACAAGAAGAGAAUCAUAGAGAAACCCUAAAGAAUAAUGCUGUGGUUCGUGACAAAAAUGGGAACAGGAUAAUGGUGUUUGUGAGAGUGAGGCCACUUGCUAAGAAGGAAAAUGAAGCGGGUUCCAGGUGUUGUGUGAAGAUCGUGAAUUCUUCUCAUAUUUAUAUGACGGAAUUUGCUACUCCUAACGAUUACUUGAGGUUGAAGAGGAUUCGAGGAGGUCAUUUCACUUUUGAUGCCUGCUUUUCUGAUUCCGCUACGCAACAGGAAGUUUAUGCUACCUCAACCUCGGAACUUGUGGAAGCAGUUAUGCAAGGGAAGAAUGGGACAGUUUUCUGUUAUGGUGCCACUGGAGCUGGAAAAACAUACACAAUGCUUGGUACAGUGGAAAACCCGGGAGUGAUGGUGUUGGCAAUUAAGGAUCUCUUCAGUAAAAUCAGGACGAGAAGCUAUGAUGGAAACCAUGUUGUUCAUCUAUCCUAUCUUGAGGUUUAUAAUGAAACUGUAAGAGAUUUGAUUUCACCUGGAAGGCCUCUUGUUUUGAGAGAAGAUAAACAGGGGAUUGUGGCAGCAGGUCUUACGCAAUACAGAGCUUACUCCACCGAUGAAGUGAUGGCAUUGCUUCAGCAGGGAAAUCGUAAUAGAACUACGGAACCAACUCGUGCAAAUGAAACAUCUUCACGUUCUCAUGCUGUUUUGCAGGUCGUGGUUGAAUACCGAGUUAGAGAUGCUGCAAUGAAUAUUAUUCACAGAGUGGGCAAACUUUCAUUGAUUGAUCUUGCAGGGUCAGAGAGAGCUCUUGCCACAGAUCAAAGAACACUUAGGUCUCUUGAGGGUGCCAACAUUAACCGGUCUCUUCUUGCACUAAGCAGCUGCAUCAAUGCUCUUGUAGAGGGCAAGAAGCACAUUCCAUACCGAAAUUCAAAACUCACCCAGCUUCUCAAAGAUUCAUUAGGAGGAACUUGCAACACUGUCAUGAUUGCAAACAUAAGCCCAAGUAUCCUCUCAUUUGGUGAAACUCAAAACACCCUUCAUUGGGCUGAUAGGGCCAAGGAGAUUCGAACAAAGGCGCCUGAUGCAAAUGAGGAUCUAUUACUGGUACCUAAAACAGAAACAGACCAGGCAAAGCUGAUACUUGAGCUACAAAAUGAGAAUCGUCAAUUGCGAAUUCAGCUAGCACGCCAAAAACAGAUGCUUUUGAAACUCAAAGCACAAUCCUUGGCUGCAUAUUCUUCCCCAACUCCACCAUCAGCUUCAUCUUUUCUAUCCACACCUCCAACCUCUAUUCAACCAAAUGAAAAACAAAGGACCAGACCCUCUGCCACAUAUAUCACCCCAAAGACCGAGAACAAGGGGGAGGAGAUAGCCUUCACUGUUGGAACACUUUAUCAAAAAGUAAAAGCCCUGGAGUCAGAGAUAGUGAGAAUGAAAAAGGAUCACAGUUUGAUGAUAAAGCAGAAAGAUGAUGUUAUUCGCGAGCUUUCACAAAAGAGUGAGAAAAAAGUAACAGCAGCCGGGGAUGUGGGAAGUAGAGUGGUAACCAGGUCUAGCAUACGGCCAAAGGUUGAAAACACAGGUGAGCUUAGGAGUCCAAGUCAUCGUUUUCAUUCACCACUACAAAUGGCCAAGAAACGAAGCUUUUGGGACAUUACUGCUGCUAACAGCCCAUCAGUUACUGCAUUAAAUGGGAGAAAAACUAGAAGCCACAUCACUUCUGAACCUACUGCCCAUCCAUCCAUGCUUCUAAAGCCAGGGUUUGCUAAGGAAAAGGGAAAUAUUUGGAAGUGAUCUAGGAAGGAGUAGAAGAAAUUCAAGGACAGAAUAAAACCCAUAUGACAGAAGGUCUGGUAUUGUUUUACGACCUUGAACUGGCUGUGGCACACAAAAUACGAAUGAGAUCAUUGCCAAGGGUCUCAUUGUGUAUGAGUUAUGAAUCAUUGGCUUUUUAUGCUUAAUCAGUAGUAGCAGGACUAGAGGGUGCUCUUUUACAUGAUUUAUUCACAGAUUUAGAUUCCAUGCGGUCAAAGACUCUUGGAUUCACACAUUCAAUGGCAGCUGUUCGAUCAAGUUGGGCAGUGCGGGAUUUUGAUAUAUAUUUUUUGAAAUCGGAAAUGCCUCCAUGGGCUUUUGACUGCAUACAACAAGAUUAUCAUUAUGAACAAUGAGUUGGGAUACAAACGCCCCAGUUCACCAAUUUCAACAAGAUUAUCAUUAUAAAAAUGGAUUAUAAAAGUGUUGAAAAGAGAAGUUUCUCGUUAGUAUGGCAGGAUUGAAGUAGGUUUAGUUAUUCUUUUAGUCUAGCUUAUGAAUGAUUUUUUUUUCCAACGAGGAGUGAUUUGAGUUUAUUAAUAAGUUUCACUUGAAUUUAAAUCAA